CAGUCACCAGUGUCCUCUCCCUGAUGUCUCUUGAAUUUGUUUUCCGUCCACCAGACCAUGAUCCUGAUAUCAAAGCAACACUUGUACCUCUCCCUUGUCCUUUCCCUCUUUAUUUGAUCUUUUUAAGGAGCCGCACCUGGAUGCUAAGCACUGACGACGGUACAGCACCAUGGCGUUCUUCAGCAGCGGAUCACGGGCGCUGGUCGAAAUCCUGACGAGAAUCCAGAGUGCCGAAAGACCAAUGCCUGUUGAUCUCACCUUCUUCGAGUUCGGAUCGAUCCGAUACCAUGUGGAGGCUUCAGCGUCGGAUCCUGAGAACGCGUACCUGUCGAUAUCGACGCCACCUCUUUCCCACGAGGCCUCACCCUCCUCCAGCGGCUUGCCCGAGGCCACGCUGCAGGAGGCGAGGAAGGCGUACCACAAGUUCGCGGAGGUCGUCGAGCCGCCCCGAGAAGGGUACGUCCUGACGCUGAAGCUGAACUUCUCCGGCCUCGCCCGGCCGAAAGACCGCGUGAAGGCGAUCAACCAGGUGUCGCGGCUGCAAUCCCUGGUGCUGAGCUCGCAGCUCAGGGACAUGCUGGGGAGCCUCGGCCCGUCCGGCACGAUGAAGCUCGUGUGCAGCCAGAGGGAGCCCUUCUUCGUCAGCAGGACGGUAUUUAUUUCCCAUUUCCUUGCAACGCAUGCAGAAACAACAAAGAAAAUUAAUCUUCAGAGAAUUGAAGGAUCUCAGCGUCGUGCGUUCCUCAUGCGGCUGCAGGCCGAGAGGAUCCACGCCAUCUUCCCGAUGCGUUUCAGGGACGACACCGACCUGGCCAUCGCGACCUCCUUCUUCCAGGAGCUGCAGGACCUCGGGAACUCGUUCGCGGGGGCGCCAAGGUGCAGCUGGUCGCCGAUCCCGCCGCCGGAGCUGCGCGGCGAGCACGUGCACCGCCUCACCACCAACGGCGGCUUCGUGUCCUUCGGCGUUCUGUCGCGGCACGCGAGGGGGAAGAAGCGGGCCGCCAGGACGGCCUGGAUCCUGCUCAACUUCCAGGCCUUCGUCAAGUAUCACAUCAAGUGCACCCGGAGCCACAUCCAGAGCCGGAUGCGGCAGCGGCUGGAGGCCCUGACGGAGGUGAUCCAGGACGCCAGCCUACGAGGAGGGAACGACGCCAAGACCACCAGAUCACAGGCGGUGGUGAAGAAGAGGAGCAAGAGACGGCUGAUCAGCUUCGCGAAGGCCAACACGAAGCUGAAGAAGGGUCUCAGGGCCAUCCUGGACAAGAUCAAGCGGCUGCGGCUCAGGAUCAGGGUGAAGGGCCUGGACCGGCUCCGGCGGCAGUGCCGAUGCUUCGCCGUGCCCAAGCUCCCGGUGCCGCCACGCCGGAAGGACCACAGGUACCACAAGCUAGCAUCAGUGAAAUCUAGUGAGCAAGGCUAAAGCGUGAUGUAAGUUCGUAUACAUCAACUUUUUUUUUUGAAGGAUGUAAGUUCCUCCACUUUGACUUGACCAUCUCCUUGGUCUGGCUUAUAGAAAUUCUUUUUCUUUGAACAGAAGGCGUAUACUGAUAUAAUAAUACCACAAAAUGUAAUCUGAUCGGAACAAAUCGCAUGUUUCCAUGAUUUUUUUUUCA